GCUAGACGUACCGGAAGUGGAGCAUUGUCAACAGCCACAACAAGUCUGUCAACAGAGAAAAUGUGCUCAUGAUUUUAAUUUGUCAUAACUAGACAUAAACUGUUGACACAGCAUGGCCGAGGAUAUUGAUGAUUUACUUGAGGAGGUGGAGACCAAGUUCUUGACGAAGGAUAAGAAACAAUCGAGAUCGAAAAGUAAUCGAAAGGAAAAAAGAGAUAACGAAUAUGACAUCGACGAUUUACUUGAUGACAUUAAAGUAGAGCCUAUACCAAAGACUUCUGUAGCUAGCGUCUCCAACGAUUCCUUAGACUUCCGCCCAGCCUCCGGGAAAAAAUGUUUCCCUGUGUAUUUUGGUGGUUCUUCGUGUUCUCAGGGCAUGGCUAACUCCUUCAGCCAAAGGGCCUGUGAUAAAUUACGUUGUACAUCAUGUGACUUCAAAGUGUGUUCAUUUGACAAUUUUGAGUGGCAUUCAGAGACGGACUAUCUGUUUCUCAGGAAUAAUGUUCCAGACUUUCAUCGCCUAAAAUCCAAUCUCGCUCCUAAAAACGGUUGCCGUGCCUACUGCUGUCAGUGCUCUCAUCGCUCCAUAAAGGACCUGACCCAGCUGUCCGACCCUCAGCUCAAGUGGGUGUGUGGCAAGCACUGACCUUGACCCACUUACCGAUCGAUAAAGUGCUUACAGUUGUGUGCUGUUCAGUGUUCAGCGUCUGGUCUCGUAUAUUCAGUUCAGCUUCAUGAAAGUUGUAUAUAAAAUAUAGCAGGCUCUUGAUAAGCCAAUAUAUUAAUCACUGCUUUGUACUUGAUAAGAGAGAUACGUGUAUAUGAAUACAUUGCUAGAAAUGAAUACUUUCGACUGUUUGUUUUUACCAAUAUGAACAAGGAAAAAAAUUUUAAAUCAGGGUCAAAAGUCGUUCCUGUUUAUCGUUUUUGGAGUAAAUGUAGACAUGUUGUUUUGAACUAGAUGUUACAUUUCUAGUCUAAACUAUUGUUAUAUUGUGUGAAUAAGUAACAAAAUGCUCAAUGAUAUGACCCAAAAUAGGUAAAAUGCUUGAUAAGAUACUUUAAAUAAAUGACUUUUUUGAUAGCUCACCGGCCGUAAAAGCUAAAGUGAGCUUUUCUGAUCACUUUCCGUCUCUCUGUCAGUCCAUCCAUCUGUAAACUUUUCACAUUUUAUUACCUCUUUUCCAGAACAACUGGGCCAGUUGUAGCCAAACUUGGUUAGGUCACACUUAUUUGUCAGGAUAUUUGUAUUCAAUAUCAUUAAGCUGAUUUGAUCAGAGUUAUGGCAAUGUGUUGCUCAGAUGAGCGAUGUGGCCUUUGGCCUCUUGUUUUUUGUUAUUAUCUUUAAUGAAGAUAAUUGGUUGUAUGUAUAUACAGCUUUCUGUCCAGUGUGUUGGUGGUGAUCACAGUAUACUCAACAGUAUUAUAAUCAGUCAACUGACAGCGACUCACUGAAGGUUUAAAUAAUGGUUUGCCCUUUCAAAGAACCUAAAUGUACAUCACUAAUUCUUCUAAUUCCUGUAUGCCUUAUUUAGAUUUAUGACUUCUCAUGCAGUAUAUAUUUAUGUGGAUUUGAGCCUCCUCAUGCAGUGAAUAUUUAUAUGGACUUUAAUAAACCUUUUCACUUGGUGAAUAUUAUGUUUUCCAAACAACAUCACUUUGUUUUUUGUGUCCUACUAUGUUCCACUCUAAAGAUAAAUAAAGUGUUCAAACAAGA